AUGGUCGUGCCCAACAUUCGAAACCCCAAUCGCUACCGCUCUCUUGAGGUAGCCACGUCAACCAAGUCACAUUAUCACCUAGAACCUGACUAUGCGUUUGCAUAUAGGCACGUCGGAAGACGCACAAAGGGAGGACGAGGAGGAACUGGAGCAGGGGGCGGGUUUUUCUAUGGCGGUGCAGCAUACCGUUCCAAUGGAAAUGGCGAUCGAGAUAGCGGUGGACGUGCUGGUAUAAUCGUUGGUGCCUUGAUAGGCGUGUUUGCUGUGAUAAUGCUAAUUGCUUGUUGUGCUUGUAGAAAAUCGGAAAACACACGCAGAGUGGUCAACAACACCAAUCACGCCGAUCACGAUGCCAUUCGUGCCACUCGAGACUCUGUAAAUCGUCAGCGAAAUCAACGAACCAACAACAACGCUCCAAGCAACGACAACGCUACAUCGGCAAAUGUCUACAAGAGCCCAUCUGGUGGCAAUCCAAUUUCAUAUGUUACAAUGAAAUCCAGCUUUCACAUCCAAACUGUAUUGCCAGAUAAGAGAAACAUUGAUCCAAAUGUCCUAAGAGAAGAAGCCAAAAUGGGCGAUACGGCUAGAGAUGAGGAUAGCGUGGUUGAAAAUGGCGAUCCCCCAGGUAAAGGUGGUGUCAACAACAACGACAACCACGGCGCCAAUAAUUCCCAUUCCUCCCGAUUUCCCAUGUCCAUUUGGAGACGAUCUACGGCGAACGACGAAUGUUCCAUUUGUCUUCAAUCAUACGAACCUGGACAAACCAUCUGCUUGGCCAAGAACACUAAUUGCAAGCACGUAUUCCAUCAGGACUGCAUUGAGGAAUGGCUCAGGGAUCACUCGGAUUGUCCGCUGUGCCGAGUGACUCUCGUUUGCAAGCCACUAUAG